GGGCCACACCGUCCGAUGGUGGUUGUGGCGGUGGAGGAGGAGCAGGGCUGCGGCGCCGUGGGGUGGGGGACGUGGGAGGAGCUCGUGCUGGGCGGCGCCGUCCAGCGCCACGGGCCCGCCUCCUGGCACGCCGUCGCCGCCGAGCUCCGCUCCCGCUCCCCGGCCUCCUUCUCGCCCGAGGAAUGUGAAGCAAAAUUUUCAGAGAUUCAAGCACGCUACUCUGCAAGCAAUGCUUGGUUUGACGAGCUUCGCAAGCAGAGAGUUGCUGAAUUGAGAAGGGAGCUGAGAAAGUCAGAAAGUUUUAUCGGAUCCUUGCAGUCGGUGAUCGAAAGCCUCAGCAAUAGCAAACGUGACGAUAGCAACUCAGGAUGUCACACUGAAUCACGUUCGCGCAAUGAAAUUGCAGGUGAUACUAAUUCCUCAAGUAAAGAAUUGUCCAAAGAUAGAUCAUCCGCUGCUAGUUUCACAGAGGAAGCAAGCAAUAGUCAGAAAUCUCAGAAUGUUCAGAAUACAUCAGCAGAAACAUUGUCAAAGCCCCUUGUUGAAAAGAAGCCCUGUGCCAAAGAUUGUUUGCUUUGGGGCUCUAGAAAGAAAAGGGGAUUACGGGAGAAAAGGGCUAUUCUAAUGGCUGAUAAUGGUAGUAGAGAUGGUGAGAAUACAUCUACAUGCAUACAGAGAGAGGAUUCUUCUGAGGGCUGCAAGAAGGGCUUGAAAAUCCCAAAGGUAGAGCCUGCUGUUUCUGUGUGUGAAAGAGCAAAACCAAGUUUGGCAGAUAUUGUGAAUAGUAUAUCCACUCAAGGUGACUGUAAUAUGUUGCAACGUCAAAUUGAUAUCCAGCGGAAGAGAGCUAGAUACAAGAAGAUGAUCCGCCAGCAUAUGGACUUCCGAAUCCUUCGCACAAAGAUCAAGAGUGGUUUGAUCUCUUCUACCAAGGAACUCCUAAAAGACAUGCUCCUGUUUGUGAAUAAUGUACUUGCAUUCUAUCCAAAGGCUACACUGGAGCACAUGGCCGCAAUUGAACUUCGGGGUAUUAUGUGCAAAACAUUGCAACAGAGUUCAAGCAUUGUCUCGAUGGGUUGUGGAGCGGCAGGGGUAGCUACUGGUCCUGUAAUCAAGAAGACCGCUGUCACGAUAGCUAGCGACACUGUUAUCAAGAAGACCGCAGCAGGGGGAGCUAGUAACCCUGUAAUCAAGAAGACCACGGCAGUGGUAGCUAGCAACCCUGUAGUGAAGAAGGCUACGGCAGUGAUAGCCAACGAUGCUGUAAUGAAGAAGGGCACUGCAGGAAUGGCUAGGGACCCUGUGUUGAAGAAGGGCACUGCAGGGAUGGCUAGGGACCCUGUAAUCAAGAAGGCCGUGGCAGGGAUAGCUAGUGAGCCUGUAACGAAGAAGGCUGCAGCAGGGAUAACUAGUGAGCCUGUAAUGAAGAAGGCGGCAGCAGGGAUAGCUUGUGAGCCUGUAGUGAAGAAGGCCGCGGCAGGGAUAACUAGCGAGCCUGUGAUGAAGAAGGCAGCGGCAGGUAUAGAUAGUGAACCUGCAAUCAAGAAGACUGCGGCAGUAGUGGCUAGUGCUCCUGUAGUCAAGAAGAUUGCUCGGACACUGGCGCCAGUACGUCACGUGCCUCGUGACGCGAAGAGAAGCAAGGUUUUCCCAAAGGAGUCUGAAAGCAGUGUCAGUCAGGCCGAUCCGAAGGUCAUCCCCAGCGGCGCAGCACCGACAUCCAACGAGAAACCUGUCCAGGAAAACCCGCCAGCAAAGAAGCGAGGCGUGGGGCGGCCUCCGAAGAUCGGGCAGAAGCGCGCCGCAGAGCAGCAAGAGAGCCCUGGCAAAGGCAGGAAGAAGGCCCGGAAGUGAAGGUAACUUAAACGGGUCGCCUUCGAAUACCCGAUUUUGCGCUGUGUACAGCCUAUAAGGAGGCCAUAGACUUAGCUCCAUCCAUCCAGUGUUGUACUACCCUGUUAAAGUUAAAGUUAAAGGACUAGGUGAGGACAGUCAGGAUGUUGUAACGGGAAGGGGGUGUCAGUCAGUUGUCCUUCCUGGUGUUGUGUUAUAGACAGCUGCUAGAUGAACCGUGUUUUGCCUUGUAGAGAACUAGAGAUGCAAAUCCGAGUUAGGGACAUAGAUAUGUGCCUGUCUUAACUGUAUGUAAUACCGAUAUAGUUCCUUUGGUCGAAUAUACUACCCAUGGCAGCGCAGUUUUGCGUGGACAAGUCUUGAUGUCUGCAAGAGUUUUGAAAUGUUGUAAUCUAGAACA